GGUCCCAGGGCCAAUCGGCUCCUCCAGCCGAUCAAAUGUCACUAUAACUUGAGGGCUGCCUCACCUUGGGACGCUCGCAGAGCCCAGCCCGUGCUGAAGGGAGCUCGGUGCUUCUCUCCUCUCCUCCCAGAAACUCGCUGCCAACAUGUCUGAUACCGAGGAAGUGGAGCAAGGAGAGGAGGAAUACGAAGAAGAAGAAGAGGUCCAAGAGGAAGCUCGUGCUCCCUGCCGCAUCCCAGCUCCCGAAGUUCACGAAGCAGCUCAUGAGGAAGCUCACGAGGAAGAAGUCCAUGAACCAGCCCCCCCUCCAGUUCAUGAGCCAGAGGAAGCCCCUGAAGAAGAGGAGAAGCCCAGAAUAAAACUAACUGCUCCUAAAAUACCCGAGGGUGAGAAAGUAGAUUUUGAUGACAUCCAAAAGAAAAGGCAGAACAAAGACCUGAUUGAACUGCAGGCCUUGAUUGACAGCCACUUUGAAGCCAGGAGAAAGGAAGAGGAAGAGCUGGUUGCCCUCAAAGAGAGAAUUGAGAAGCGCAGAGCUGAAAGAGCAGAGCAACAGAGAAUCCGGGCUGAGAAGGAGAAGGAGCGUCAGGCAAGGCUUGCGGAGGAAAAGGCACGCAGAGAGGAGGAAGAUGCCAAGAGAAAGGCCGAGGAUGAUCUCAAGAAGAAGAAGGCUCUGUCCUCCAUGGGUGCCACAUACAGCAGCUAUCUGGCAAAGGCUGACCAGAAGAGAGGGAAGAAGCAAACAGCUAGAGAGACGAAGAAGAAGGUCCUGGCCGAGAGGCGCAAGCCCUUGAACAUCGACCACCUCAAUGAAGACAAGCUGAGGGACAAGGCUAAGGAACUGUGGGACUGGUUAUACCAGCUGGAGACUGAAAAGUAUGACUUUACAGAGCAGAUCAAGAGGAAAAAAUAUGAGAUUGUCACCCUCAGGAACCGGAUCGAUCAGGCUCAGAAACACAGCAAGAAGGCAGGAGCCAAGGGGAAGGUCGGUGGGCGCUGGAAGUAAAGAACCAGGCAGGAUGGCCCUUAGCGACGUGCCAAAACGCUGCUGGUCUCAUCUUUCUUCCUUCACAAACCACUUGUGUUCCCAUGCCUCAGCGAUAACAAAAAUUGCAACAUCAGCCUGGGUUGGCUAUUGCUGCUGCUUUUCUUCCUUUUCUUCCUGGAGGGGUCUGGUGGCUUCCUCAGCCAAAAGGAAGCAGGUUCCCUGCAGAACUGAGGUGACUCCUUGCUGGCAUCUUCAAUUCCUGCUGAGCAUGUCCUUUACCCUCCUGAUACCAGCCCUAUGCUGUCCUGUAGAUUGCUGUGUACAAAUCUCUGGAUUUUGUAAAUAAAGCGCAACCAGUACCUACUUCAAUGACA